UGCAGCGCCAGGCCCCGUCCAGCGCCUUCCCCAGCCUCCUGCCAGCCGGCCCGGCCCGCAGGCCGCUCUCCCGGCCCCACCCAGCCCCGCGCCGGGGGAACGGAGAGCUCGGCAGCCGGAGCAGAGCCAGGGCGCCCUCUGCAGGCAGCCGGGGGCGUCUGCCCGUCAUGCGGCGACACCGCACCACCGACUGGGCACACAACUCAGACACUCACUGACGCAAAUAAUACACCGCCCCCCCGCACAGGGACCCACACAACAGGCCUACAGACAAUACACACACACAGCUGUGCUCAGACACUGGCACGCGCCCACAGCACACAGCCAUGAACUUUGUCACACACACACACACCAACCCACUGACAUCAUACACUGCAAGCCACCAUAAACAGACCUGUAGAAAACACACAUGCACUGACUCAUAAUACACAUGUAGCGACAAAAUACACAUACACCGCUAGAGUACCCGGGCGGCUCUAAUACACAGAUACCAAUUGCCACAAAGGUACCCGUACACACCCCGAGUCAACAUACCCGCACACAGAAUUGUACCUACCACUAACGUGGAACACUAUGUAAUUUCAUCUCCAUGUAGGACACCAUUAGGAUAUUGGAGAUAAGCCUUUUACUGGUUAGUUGUGGAGGACAAGAGAAAGGAUUUUCAUCUCCAGCUGAUUUGUGCUUAACGGUUUCCACUCAGUGGCUUAUGACAGACACUUUCAACUGCCAAGGUACUCAGCACUUCAGAAAAUCAAGACCCUUAUGACUUCUAGCAUGUGAAUUUCCAUAUGUGACCAGCCUCAAAGAACCAGGAUUGAACUUGAAGUACAUUGCAAACAGUAGUCUGAUAAACAUACAGACAACAAGAGAGCAAAUCAUUUAGCAGUUCAUGAACCCAAACAAAAUUUGAGCAAGCCAGUGACAGAUUCUGGAAACAGUUCACACUCAGUCCAAGGAAUAUUUAGAGUAUUUUGAUGAUUCUAGCUGAAAUAUCCAUACAGCUCUAAUGCCCAGGUCUCACAGCCCAUGUCAGAGAUCCUGACAGAAGAGGCCUCAAAAUGUGCAAAAGGUUUAUUGUACCUAGUAAACUGCUGACUAGGUUAUGGGUUGCUACAUCACCAGCCUCAUUUGACUGAAGCACAUGGUACAAGCAGAGAUUUGUCUGACUGGCAGAACAUAUAAGCCAUGCAUCAUCUGUUUGGGCUUGUUUUGGGACAAAAGGACCUUUCACGUGCAGGGGAUCUAUUCUCCUUAGAUGAUGCUGAGAUAGAAGGAAGCCUGUCAGAAGCUCUUGAGCAAAUAAAAAUAAUUAGUUCUUCUCCAGACUACCAGACUAACGACAAUGACCAGGCAGUGGUGGAAAUCUGUAUCACUCGAAUCACCACUGCUAUCAGGGAGACUGCAUCCAUAGAAAAACAUGGAAAGGCACUUGUGGCUCUCUGGGAGUCGUGUUUAGAGCACAAUCUAAAACCUUCAGGAAAAGACGAGGACACACCACAUGCAAAAAUUGCAUCUGAUAUCAUGAGUUGCAUUUUGCAGAAUUACAAUCGACCUCCAAUAAUGGCUUUAGCUGUCCCAGUGGCAGUGAAAUUUCUCCAGAGGGGUAACAAGGAACUGUGCAGAAACAUGUCAAGUUAUCUAUCCCUAGCCGCAAUUACCAAAGCAGAUCUUCUGGCUGAUCACACAGACGCAAUUGUGAAAAGUGUCCUUCAAGGAAAUUCCAUGUUGCUGCGCGUGUUGCCUUCUGUGUAUGAAAAGCAGACACAGCCAAUUAACAACCAUCUGACAGAGCUGGUGGCACUGAUGUCUCAGCUGGAGCAAGCAGAACAACACCACCUUCUAAGGCUAUUUCAGAUAGUGGCAAGGAGAAAGCAACCUGAGGUGCUAAAAGAAUGUAUCCCUUUUCUAAUUGGUCACUUAAGAGACCCUAACCAUAAUGACAUUAUCCUAAAUAUACUGAUAGAAAUAUCAGGCUAUGAACCGGUAGCCUUGACCAGUUUUCUUCCAAUGCUGAAAGAGAUUGUUGAGAGUUUUCCAAGCCUGAUUGGACAAACUGCAAAGAUCUAUGGAGCUGUUGGGCACGUUGAUGAGGAGAGAGCCAGGAUGUGUCUGAUCUAUUUGGUAAAUCAGCUGGCCAACAUGGAGCACUCGUUUCACCAUAUUCUUCUGCUGGAGAUUAAGAACAUCACCGACACCUUCUCAAAUAUUCUGGGCAACCAGAGCAGAGAUAUCUACCGUAUGAGUAACAGUUUCACUGCCAUAGCCAAGCUUCUUAUCAGACAACUGGAAAAUGACACCACAUUAGGAAGCAGGACAGAAAAUGAUGUUGAAACAGAAUCUCCUGCACAGUUGGAUGAUUUAAAAUCUGUUAUGAAUGAAAAUGAAGAGGAUGAAAAGCUUCAAGUUAAAAUACAAGCUUUUGAGGAAAAAAUAAAUAUUGACAACAAUACUCCUGGCUCUGUGCGUAGAUAUAGUUUAGGCCAGGUUUCUAAAGAAGAAAGGAAGGAUAUGAGAUUUAACAGGUCCAAAAGUCUAGCUUUGCAUGCAAUCCGUACAAAGGGGAUGAAUUCAGAUAAUGGACAAGACAUGGACAAUGGAGAUAUAGCAGCUGGCAUCUCUUUCACAGAAAUUUAUCUUAGCCAAGAAAAUGACAAAUUGCCUAUUAGUCCAGACACUGAAGAAUCGCAGCUGGAAAAUUCUUCAGUUUCACACCCAAGUAUCAAAUGUACAGAAUCAGAAAAUUUGCCAGGAUCUGUUAAAGAAAACUGCCAUGAAGGAAGUACAGAGACAAUAAAAAAUCCUGUGGAAUAUCAGGAUAAGCUCUACUUGCACUUAAAGGAAAAUCUUAGUAAAGUGAAAGCAUAUGUCAUGGAGAUUGGGAAGAAAAUUCCUAGCCCAGAUCAGUGUAUUAUUGAAGAUACUGUUAGAAGUUGUGUAGCAAAGCUGUUCUUCAGCUGCCCCCUGAAGGGUCAUUACUGCCUAUACAGUAAAUCCAGUUUUACUCUCAUCAGCCGACAGCCUCAGCUAUGGAUCCAUAUCAUGUUUCUCUUUCAGCAGAACUUGUUUCCAGAACCCUUGUCCAUACAAAGUAACUCUGUGCAAGUCCUUAAAACCCUGUGGGAGAAGACACAGCUGAAGGGAACACAUGGUUUUGAAACUGCGAUGAUUCAAUCUACAUUUCCACACCAGAAGGAUCUGGACCAUGUUCAGGUGCAUCUGGAAGAAGUGAGGUUCUUUGAUUUAUUUGGAUACAGUGAGGAAGCAGGAACGUGGCAGUGUUUCAUGUGCAAUAAUCCUGAAAAGGCAACAGUUGUAAAUCAAGAUGGACAGCCUCUGAUUGAAGGCAAGCUGAAAGAAAAGCAAGUUAGAUGGAAGUUUAUCAAAAGAUGGAAAACUCGCUAUUUCACUCUCGCUGGCAAUCAGCUUCUGUUUCGCAAAGGAAAAUCUGAUGAUCCAGACGACUGCCCCAUUGAACUCAGUAAGGUACAGAGUGUAAAAGUUGUGGCCAAGAAGCGCAGAGACCGCAGCCUUCCUCGGGCCUUUGAAAUCUUCACCAACAAUAAGACCUAUGUUUUCAAGGCCAAAGAUGAGAAGAAUGCUGAAGAGUGGCUUCAGUGCAUCAAUGUAGCCGUAGCACAAGCUAAAGAAAGGGAAAGCAGAGAGGCAACCACGUAUCUGUAAAACCGUCAGCCUGUCUAACACUGAACUUUUGCAUCUGCCUUUGAAAUGCAAAGAUACUUCAUCCUGUUUAUCACAGAACCAAACAAAGUGAUAAGAAACAAACCUUAUUUGUGGGAGUAGUCCCUGUGGAUUCAGUGGUUUUGGCUACUGCAGGGAACGCUCAAGUGAGUAAUGGCUGCAAGAUCAGGUCCCUAGAUAGUUACCAUUGGCAACAAAGUUGCUCAAAGCAACUCAUCUAAUUGCUAUAAAGUGAAUCUCUUUCCAAAGGUGACUUUAGUUUAUAGCUAAUGUGGUGAAAGAGGCUCCUUUUGAACAUACAUGGAAUUUACAUAGCAAAUUCUAUAUUUUGCAGCAUGUUUUAUUGUUAGAUUAUAUCAGUAGCAAAUGAUAUUGAGAAACUAAUCUGACAGACACUGGUACACAAAAGCUGCCCUGUAGCACUAUCUUUCAGCAUGUAUAUAUUUACAUUUUCCUCACUUUGUUACAUAAGCAGCUAAUCUAGAAUGUUAACCCCUGCAAAGUAAAGCUGUUUAUGUAAUAAAAUUCAGCAUUCCAAGCUAUUUUUGCCUAUCCUUUUAAGGUGACUUGAUACAGACUGAAGUGUAUAUAUGUGAUUAUAUCGUGAUGAUGGUGAUGGUGGUGGUGGUGGUGGUGGUAUCUCAUUUUACCCUUUUGCUAAAAGCAACAAAAGAAAAUCUCUUCCAGGCAGUAACAUUUGCAGAGAGAUUUCAAAGUCCAGUCAUUUCCAAAAAGGCCAUUUUCAUGGGGAAAAAAGUUUCAAAUGAAGCAUUUUGAACUGCUUUAAUCAUUCUUUUAAAAGAUUUGUGUAUUUGGUUUGAUGAGAGAAAGGGUCCUUAGUAUAUUUUCAAAUGUUUCUUGCAAAUGCAAAGAUACUACAAAGCCAGAAGUACAUUCAGCUUUGCAAAGGAUCCUCUAUUUUAUAUGGCUUCUAAUAGGUCAAUGUUUGGUCAGUUUGUUUAGGUUUCAAAUCAUAGGCAUAGCCUGAGGAGAAAUGGGUAAAUGCUAAGGUGCAAUUCAGGCUAUUAUGAUAGAGUAGGACUUGAGUGAUUUCAAUGUCAGAGAUCAAUAUGCUAAGAG